AUGGGAACAGAGAACCAGACUUGGGUGAGCAAAUUUAUUUUUCUUGGCCUGUCCAGGGACUGGGGCACUCAGGUAUUACUCUUUGUCCUGUUCAUGGUCAUGUACCUGGUGACAGUACUGGGCAACUUUCUCAUUGUUCUUCUGAUCAGACUGGACGGCCGACUUCACACUCCCAUGUAUUUCUUUCUCACCAACCUCUCUCUUGUGGAUGUCUCUUAUGCCACAAGUGUAGUCCCUCAGCUGCUGGUGCAUCUUCUUGCAGAACAUAAAAUAAUCCCAUACCUGAGCUGCGCAGCCCAGUUAUUUUUCUCCCUCGCCUUGGGUGGGAUUGAAUUUGUUCUACUGGCAGUGAUGUCCUAUGACCGCUAUGUGGCUGUGUGUGACCCCCUGCGAUACUCAGCAAUCAUGCAUGGGGGCCUGUGUACCAGGUUGGCCAUCAUAUCAUGGGUCAGUGGUUCCAUCAACUCUCUCAUGCAUACAACCAUGACCUUUCAGCUGCCAACAUGCACAAACAAGUUUAUUGAUCACAUAUCCUGUGAAAUCCUAGCUGUGGUCAGACUGGCCUGUGUGGACACUUCCUCCAACAAGGUCAUAAUCAUGGUUUCUAGCAUUAUCUUGCUGAUGACACCCUUCUGCCUGGUUAUCUUGUCCUACAUGCAGAUCAUCUCCACCAUCCUGAAGAUACAGUCCUCAGAAGGCAGGAGGAAAGCUUUCCAUACUUGUGCCUCUCAUCUCACAGUCGUUGCCCUAUGCUAUGGCAUGGCCAUUUUCACCUACAUCCAGCCCCACUCCAGCCCCUCUGUCCUUCAGGAGAAACUGAUCUCUCUCUUCUAUGCCAUUUUGACUCCUAUGCUGAACCCCAUGAUUUACAGUCUGAGGAAUAAGGAGGUGAAGGGUGCAUGGCAGAAACUAUUAGGGCAAUUCUCUGGACUAACAUGA